UGUGCGAGAAUGCCUGCUGGAUUGAGAGCGCUGAAUGCUGAGGAAGGGCAGCUGCUGAUCGAGGACACCAUGCUCAUCUCCGUGUUAAUCUAGAGCUCUGCCCUGCUUCACCGAGCGACACAGCCGAGGGGGAUGAAGGGGAGAGGUUGCUGGGAGACGGGAUCCGCACGUUCGUUCUGUCACUCGGGCUGCCUGAGUAAAUUGAAGAGGGAUGACUCUGGUGACGAGGAGCCAACCUCGCAAUCUGAUAAGAGUGAGCUGCAUGCCACCCUGAGGACCCUGGCCAACAAGCUUGAUGACUUGAGCCAGUGCAAUGACCUCAUCGCUAAGCACGGGGCAGCCCUUCAGAGAUCCCUGAGUGAACUCGAGAGCCUGAAAUUAUCAGCUGAAAGUGGAGAAAAGAUUAAAGCAGUCAAUGAGCGAGCGACCCUUUUCCGCAUCACCUCCAAUGCUAUGAUCAAUGCAUGCCGUGACUUUCUGGAUUUAGCAGAGACACACAGUCGCAAAUGGCAGCGUGCUUUGCAGUAUGAGCGUGAACAGCGCAUCCGCCUGGAGGAGACCAUCGAGCAACUAGCCAAGCAGCACAACAGCUUGGAACGUGCCUGCCGUGGAGCACCCGCAUUGCCAACAAGCUCCACAGAGAUUUCCAGCACUAGUAAAGGGAGCUGGACCAGUUCUUGGCUGGGACAGAGAUCGCACCAUAUUAAAGCAAGAGCACGACACGUGAAAGGGGAGACAAGUGAUGAAGAUGAGGAGACUGAAUAUUUCGACGCCAUGGAGAAUGCACCAGAAUUCAUCACAGUAACCACGGAUACCACAAAGCACAGGCGUACAGGAAGUAAUAUCAGCGGAACCAGCAGCGAUCAGACUGAAACCUGGAACCUGGAGGACCAUGUUCUUGAGUGUCAACACCAAGCUUCCUUCAGUGCAGCAAGCAGAGAGGUAAAGCCAAACAGAAAGAGACGGACUCAAAUCCCAGACAAGCCCAAUUACAGCCUUAACCUCUGGAGCAUUAUGAAAAACUGCAUUGGGAAGGAGCUAUCUAAGAUUCCCAUGCCUGUAAACUUCAAUGAACCUUUAUCAAUGCUUCAGAGACUAACUGAGGACUUAGAGUAUCACGAAUUAUUGGACAAGGCAGCUAGAUGCGACAAUCCUGCAGAGCAGAUGUGCUAUGUGGCUGCAUUCACUGUGUCUUCUUAUUCAACAACCACCCAUCGCACAGCAAAGCCUUUUAACCCUCUGCUUGGGGAGACGUUUGAGCUGGACCGGCUAGAGGAGAGCGGCUUCCGCUCGCUGUGUGAGCAGGUCAGCCAUCAUCCGCCCGCUGCUGCCCACCACGUCUAUUCUAAAUACGGCUGGACCCUGUGGCAGGAAAUCACCAUCGCCAGCAAAUUUCGUGGGAAGUACCUCUCCAUCAUGCCACUAGGUGCUAUUCACUUACAAUUCAACAGUGGGGGCAACCACUAUGUGUGGAGGAAGGUCACUUCCACAGUGCACAACAUCAUCGUGGGCAAGCUGUGGAUUGACCAGUCAGGAGAGAUCGAAAUCAUAAAUAACAAAACGAAGGACAAGUGUCAACUCAAAUUCAGUCCCUACAGCUACUUCUCAAGGGAAUGCGCCAGGAAGGUAACAGGAGUGGUGACAGACUCCGAAAGCAAAGCCAGCUACAUCCUGUCAGGAACAUGGGAUGAAAAGAUGGAGUUUGCAAAGGUUGUGGAGAGCAGUCAAGACGGGACCAGCUGUGAGGGCAAACAGAAAACUGUCUACCAAACUCUCCCUCCCAAAGUGCUGUGGAGGAAGUAUGCACUUCCUGACAAUGCAGAAAACAUGUACUACUUCUCUGAACUAGCGUUGACCCUGAAUGAAAUGGAGAGUGGAAUGGCACCGACUGACAGCCGCUUGCGACCAGAUCAACGUCUGAUGGAGAACGGCGAGUGGGAGGAGGCGAACGUGGAAAAGCAGCGACUGGAGGAGAAGCAGAGAGCCGUGCGGCGCUUGAGGGAGGCGGAGGCAGCCACAGCUGCAGAGGAAGGCAGGGAAUAUGAACCCUACGAACCAGUAUGGUUUGAGAAGAAAGAGGACCCCAUCACUGGAGAGGAGGUGUACGUUUACAAAGGUGGCUACUGGGAAUGUAAGGAGACACAGGACUGGAAGAUCUGCCCAGAUAUCUUCUGAGUGCCAUUGACUCUGGCCCGAUGGACUUGAGCGUCUCCCUGGCCACCUGUGGGAGAGGAAAGGAGUGCCGCGAGCCUCCACUGUGGAACUCAAAACAGUGGAAACACUGGGCAGCUUUCUGGUACAGACAACGUCAAUGCGAAGGAACACCAUGCCCCCAUCACCCUAGACAAGGAUACACACCUCAGAAGGCCCAAGAACAGUUAGCCUGAGAUGUCCAGGAAGUAAAAGCUGUGGGUUGCUUGGGGAUUGGGCAUGAGCACCAGUAUUUUAACAAUCAAAUCCCCCUCACCCCACCCCAUAUCCCAAAUGUUACAUGUGAUCCGUAUCUUUGGGUAUGAACGAGAUGAUCAUUAGUUGUCACAACGUUUCCCUGACCAGAGCUUUUUCUUUCAGUAUAGCUGGAUUUAGAUUUUAUUAUUUAAUCAAAAUGAACAGCACAGAUUACUGGCGGAGGUGUUUGCCAGUGUCAUUCUGUGUUGGAAGGCAGGUGGGGUUUGUUCAGUAUCAAAUGGGCUGUCGACACCGGGUCCUUGAUGGUCUCGGAAUCAAGAGAUGGUAAAGCUGCAGAAUCAAAAGGCUCAGCCAUCAAAAGAACUAGCAGCCAAGUAGGGAGGGGCCUUCAACAAAGCUUUACUGCAAUUGAAAUAAGAAUUUAAGCUAUCUUUACAAAGUCUGUGAGUUAUGCUUCUGGAGGGUGAAGUGUAGAUCAUGACAGCCAGGGUUUGAAGAAUGCUGUCCCAUAUCUUAGUUUAGUUUGAGUAAGUCAUGUUUUAGAUCCCCUUAGACCCUAACAUUUUCAUGCUUCUGGGACAUCAUUGUAUAAUUACAGUAGCCAGGUAGCAAAUCACAUUCCAAACAGUGUAGAGAUUUGCAUGGUUUGUUACACCAAAUCACUUGGCCUAACUUAUGAUGCAUCAUCGAUGUUAUUCUCUGACUCACCAUCUUUAGCAGAUUAGCCCCACUUUCUGCCACACACACUCACCCCAACACAAUCUGCAAGAACACUGACACUACAGGUUGCUAUCUGCUCCUGCUAUGCUGAACUAUUGCUGAUUCAGAUUUUUUUUUGAGGGUAGUACAGCCUGGCAACUUUCUGUCACUCCUUUCUAAUCUAUAUGGAUGGACCAGGCAUGGCUGCCAAGAUUUACAGAACAGCAUAGCACACUCUUGGGUUUGUUCGCUGAACACCUGUUGGCUUUCUGUCUCGCACCUUGUUAGUGAUACCUGCCCUUUAAUUGUCAAAAUGGUUCCUGAGCGAGAGUCAAAGAAUGUGCCCACCAAAAGCAGGCACGUAAAUCAAAACGGCAGUGACAAGCUCCUUUGAAAAGCCAGCUAUGUAGCAUGGUGCAUACAGUGUUCUCAGGAUGGUUAUGAGGCUGAUCAGGCUAUCCUUUUGGGAAAAUGUUUCCCCCGGUACAGUGGAGUGGAUAUCACUGAGUAUCAUCUUGGAAAUCAGCUUAUGCUGCUGGUUUUACUGCAUGAACAUGAGGUGUGGUAGAACUUGCAGGCCUGACCCAGCCAUGGGUUAUUUUUCUGAAAAUCAAUGUUUAUAUUACGGUUUGAUGAGAUUUAUCAGUUCAAGGCCGGGAGGGAGGGGGAGAACUGAUGCAUAUUUAAAAAAGAAUGAAAACUGACUAUAGCACCCUCUGGCCAUUAGAUGUCACUGCUUAUGGGUCACACAGAAUUCCCACUGCCACCUGCUGCAGACUUUUGGUGCCAUAAUCCCACAGGAUUAGAGGAAACCCAAAACCGUGGAGCGUCGUGCUGACACAAAGUGGGAUUGGAAGUAGAGCUCUUAUUUCCUGAGAGUGACUGAUUCUCAGACGUCACAGAAUGCUGAGCAGUCACCAGUGUCCCAGUGCAGGGAUCAUUUCCUCAGUUCCCCCACCUGGCACAUUUCCCAAUUUACAACCAACUCCACUAAAUAAAACACCAAUGCUACAUAAACCUGGGGGGUACUGAGUGUCAGACAAGAGUUCUGCAGCAGAAGCUGAAAGCGGUCUCUGUUGCGUUGGAGGGAUCACUGUCAGGAGACAUGGAAUGUCUGCAUUUGUUUAGCUCCCAAACAGGAUAGCCUAUGGUUUGUUCCUGAGGAAACAGUAUGAUACAAAGACCGGCAGUGGAGAGUAAGGCUGUGUACACAUGCCUCAUUGGAUUGGCACCCAUUCAGAAGAUACCAGCUGGGUAGUGUGUACUGCUAUUGAAGAUAUCCAACAGCGUGUGACUAGAAAAGAUAACAUAAGGUUCAGAUGAAGAGUUCUCUUCAUCCCAUUGGAUCUCAUCCUUCAAGAUUGCCAUCCCCACUGCCCUCCCUUAAUGUUCACCCAAAUAGGCACACUGAGGCCCUCAGCCUAAUAUCUCAGUUAAAGGAUGGCAUGUUACAAUGCUGCAGUAUCAACCUAGAGAAGGUUCCUGCUUACUGAAUCUUAUAAUUAAACAGUGGUACAAUCCUGUAAAGCUCCUACUAAUGAGUCCUUGUUGGAUCACAAUUACAUUGGCCAGAGGACAAGAGGUGGCAAAUUAACUCCCCUGCACUGCUCAGCUCCUAAUCUCCGUCAUGUGCAGGGAUGGCAGAAUCUUCCCAGGAAGGUGCUUGAAGAAAUCCUGUUGAGUACCUAUUCGGAGCUGGCUGAGCAGCCGUGGAGAGAAGUCUGGGAAUAGGAUGCAGGAAGAACCCAGAAAUAGAGAAGAUUAAGAGUAUGAACUGAAUCAUAAAUUCCUGUAGCCGAUGAUCUUGCCUGAAUUACCCUAAUUAAUCUCGUGAUUCCAAUGUUGCUGUGUUUUUUACUUUAGGACUUUUGGGGGAAGUAGCACUGGUGACAUCAUGAAGUGCUGCUGCAGUGAUAUCAUGAACAGGGUUCUUGUGGUAUGAAAUCCCUGAUUAUAAAGCCACACAUAAAGCUGUGUACAUAAGAUGUCUCCUUGCAACCAGCAGUUCAGAAGCUUUUGACGGAGCAACAGUGGGUGACUGAUGAGUCUGUGACUGCCUCUGUGUAACAUUUAGGAUUGAGUCCUGGGCAACAGACUUCAAUGAAGAAUAAUGAUGAACAGUUUAAAUUUAAUUAUUGCAAAUCUAUAUCUCUAAUCAUGUGUCCCACCAUUAAUUUUCCUUCUACAUUUAAAAGAUCAGGCAGGCUGAGAAUCUGCCAAUGACUGAAGACUAAUUCAGACCCAGAAAGACAUAUGUGGGACUCUACCAUCAGUGGUGGCACUAUCUCAAUGUUUCGGCCCUACCUUCUGCAACACUUUUCCCACUUCCCACCUCUUCCCUCUCCUUUAAGCACCUAUAAACUUAGCUACUUGACUAUGCCUUUGAGCACCUAACUCACCCUCUGUCCCUGAACCCCAAAUGCCACCACCCUGCCUCCCCUGCUUAGCAUUCAUUUGUUGUACUCUUCGAAGCACUUUAGGACAUGUUUUUCUACAUUGAAGGCACUUUAUUAGUGGUAAUUUGUUGUUCGUUCUGAUUGGAAGCUCUCAGCUGGAGAAUUUAAUUAACUUAACAGAAGCAAGAGGUUAGCCCCUGGUCCAAUUGUAUGACAUUUGAACUUGAGCAGUUAUAGGUCCUUCCAAAUACUCCUUAUGAAGUAACUUAACCCUGACCUCUCCACACACAUCCAAAGGAGCUCUGUAACUUAGUUGAUGCUUUGAUUUUGGACAUAAUUUGCACAGACUAGAGAUAGAUAAAGAUGGAUAAUUGGAGAGUUACCUGCUGGUUUGUAAUGGAAACGAGCUGAGGAAGAAAUAACAGACCGCUCAGAGCAUGUAUUAAUGCGUUGGUAAUCCCUGCUGACAACAAUUGGGUAGUUUUCACGAACCAGUUCCUCAGUGAAUCAGAAUGAGCAAUAAGACCCUGAGAAGCAACUCCCAGGGCUGUUUUCCCUAUUGAACCAGGUGCUUGUGCCCUCUCUGCAUUAUGUAUACAGUUGAAUCCUGAUAUACACUUACAUUCACGUAUAAAUGCAAUGAAAACGCUUCUUCAUAAUAACAUUUCCUUUUAAAGAUGCACAAUGCAUUUAUGUCCUGAUGUACUUGUGGGUUUCCACACAGUAACUCUAAUCCAUUAGCUGGGCUAACAGGAAGAGGGGCUGAACGGAGACCAGAUGUUUCCACCCGGGGGAAGAGAGGAAAUCAGAAAGGGAAUUGGUCUUCCACCCCUGAGCCCACUCAUCCCAGUCACUGUUGAGAACUUCAUUCAGAGGCAGUAGCAGGCCUGGGGCAGAGGACUGCAUGGCUGCCCUUGUAACUGGGAAAACUCUUCCUCAUUUCCGCAAGUUUUCACAGAAGCACCAACCUUAAACAAAUGAACCCCCUGAAUCAACCUUCCUCGGUUUGUGAAAAGUGAGGUCUCAUGAUCCCGUCGUUUACCGACGGGAGCAUACCCAGAUUCAGUAAUUGGCCAAUAUGUAUAUAUGGAUUCCACUGUAACCAUAGCGCUACACCCCUUUGAGUAGUAGGAUUUGUUCUCUGUUAUACAGUAUUUGACUCUGAAUCUAACUUGCCACAGCACAAACGUAGCUUGUUACUUCCAAUAGAUUUGUAGAACGUUGGAAGCAUUAGCUUGCCACCAGCAGUUGUGAAUAUCUUGUGGGGACAAAAAUACCCAAAUAGAUCAUGUAUAUAUAUUUACAUUAUUUAAACUGUUUAGAACAUAAAACUGAGGUUGUAGAGAUCUGCAGUUUACAUUUAAGAGAUUGACUAUUAUCAUAUCAUAUAUUUAUAAUAUUGUUAAGAUUUGCAUAUCAAUAAUGUCAAAACAACACGGUCUGCCCUGAGUGAAUCCAUAGUACUUUAAGGGGAAAUGAGAGAUGAAGAGAAAGCUAAGAUUUUUAGUCUGAUGACAACUCGAAUCUCUGGGAAGAAAUUGAAUUUUUGAAUUCAUUUGAUCGUUGACAACUGCAAUAUGUCGGGGUGCCCUCUCCCCCAGAUCUCCUGUUCUUAUUCCCUUCCAUUUUCAGUUCCCUUAUGAUUCCUCUCACUGUACCCUUCAGCUAGGAGGACAGCAUGGUCUGACCUGCAAAAUCCCCACAUCCCAUCCAUGCUGCUCUAUGAUUGGUCAGUAGGUGUGUGUGUGUUUAUCUCCAUUAUCUUUUAGCUCUGCUUUUUCAUUCGCUGCACCCUUCCCUCAAACCCAUUUGGAUGGCACAGAUGUCUCCAAUAUUUUCUCCUUGCUGAGAUGAUUUCAGACUGAUAUUUUAAAUUUACACCCUUUGAUAUUGAGGACAGAGAACAGUCCUCUACAGAAUUGCUUACCACACUUUCCUAUUUAGAUACAUUUUGUGAAGAGUCCACUUUUGCCCCACUAGAUGGUAAACAAUCCAUCCUUGGAUGAAACGCUGUUUCAAAACUGAAUGGGGCAAACUGCGGACUUACACCAGGACGCUGACACCUGAGUUAGUUCUGGUAGAUUUAUAUGAAAAUGCAGUAAACCCCUCAACCAAACCAUGCAAAGUUGAGAAGCUUUUCUGGGACAAUAUCUCUCUGAAAACUUGCACAUUGACACUGAUGAUACCAUUUAUGGUUUAGAGCCUUACUCCUCAGCAUUGUCUCUUCAAAGUUCCUGUCAGCAAAGGUUAUGAACCACAAACACAGGAAAUAUUUUUCUUGGGAGGAGGGAAGAGGGUUGAAUCAAUCCAAUAGGUUGUUGCUUCACUUUGAAGUUGAUGUUUGGAUUCCUCUUCAGGGUUAAGCACAGGUCUUUCAGCUAAAUUAUCUGUACCUGGAUUGAGUAGCACAGUGUUAGGGCUGUCUAAUUCCUCAAAACAGAAAUGGACAGGCUAUUGAGAUGUCUGGUUCUCUAAAUAUUGUAAUAAGCCAAUUGAGCCACAUUAAAAUGAAGUAGACCAUAUCAUGGGACAAUGCUGAUUACCUCUUAUCCCCCCUGAGAACUGAUGAAAGGUACCUUGAACUUUUGCCUUCUCAUGAGUGCUAAGACUACCCCCAUUACUACUGUUGUUUUAGAUUUGAAGUCCAUUUCGGUGGGGAUGGUUUCACUUAAACUGUGCAUUGAGGACCUAUACAUUAAUUGUGUGCUCACUUCCCCUCUGAUAACAAAUAAAAUGUAGCAAGAGGACCUGGUAGUAAAAAAAGAGGUUAGAUGUGGGUACCCUGUAGAGGAUAUGAAAGUCUACUAUCUAAAGGUGCUAAAGCAUGAUGCCAUAAUCUCAAUACUGGACCUAAUUGACCAUUUUAUCUGGAUGUUGGUAUAUCCAACACCUGUCCCCGAGUCUCAUUGUAAAUGUUUGUCAAUUGGGCAACUUGUUGAACGUACAAGCAACUGGAUUGCGCUCUGCACGGAUACAGUGGGGCCCACAUUCUACCAUUUGAUGAAUAGAUGCAAUUUCCAGCUCCCUCUUGACUCGCAUUUCAAGACUCAUUUCGGUGGGCUAGUAUCGGGAAGUUGUUCCCACCAUGGUAAGACUUGAAUAAGGGACAAAAAUCACAAUCUCUGGUGGACUGUGCAAGAAUUACCAGUGUUCCUUUAUUAUGGAACACUUGGAUCACCUACUGAAGAUCACCACCAGGGGCUGAACUCAACAGUAUAACAGUAAAUAUUAUGACAUGUAUGCAAUAUGGAGAGACUGCAAUUUUUGAAAUUGAGUUUAUUCUCAUUGUUAGUACAGAAAAGCUCAGUGAUGGUUAUGCCUUUCUCUAAUUCUACUUUGUAAUAUUCAAUGAUAGAAAAUGUGCAGCAAAUCUAGCUUGCUGAGACUACACAACAGAAUAGUGUGUAUUUUCAGUGGUGCAAAGGUAUGUCCAGUGCUCAAUGUGUUAAUCAUGUUCUUCCCAUGUACUUGUAUAACCUGCUUAAUUAUGCAAGUAGCCAAAGCUCCUUAUUUUCUAUGUACAUUUGAAUUGCUUAAAGGAUUAUAUUUACAUACAUUAAUCAAUUAUUUGCAUAAAAUUUGAGCUUUUGGGUGCACUCACCUGCCCAUUUGCAUAUUCCACCACAGUUCAAUCUCUAAUCUAACCAGCACCAAUCAAAAUCCAUGUUGAACUGACAGGACAACAGAACACACCCUUCUUGUGAGAUUAAAGAUGAAAAUGCCAAAAAAGUGGAAAUAAAAUAAAUUCAGAAAUAAA